AUGCGCCAGUACGGACAUACCAACAUUGCUGGUCGAGAGUGCAUGGGUUACAUUAAACCGGAUGAUUCAACCAUGGUGAUUUACUUAACGCAUUCCUUGAUUGAGACGUGGGCAAGUGACAUUGUUCAUAAGCGAUAUGGUGCUACGCAGAUCAGUCCUCCUCGACGUGUCGCAUUCAAAUGGGUCCCGAUCGACCAAGUCAAACCUUUGAAAGGCCCAGGACCUCGAAUCAAGUCAAACUCUCCAGCUCUGGGGCCGAUCCCAGAUUUUGAAGAUUACCUCAAGUUCUGUACGAUUAGCCCAGAGGAUCACACCACUAGACGACUUCUUACGCAGUACGACAUCAUUGACUUUGAGAUGUUCGAAUCCACCGAACUCACUUGUGCAAAAAUGGAGGCGUUGGGGUUUCAAUUUGGUCCUCGUAUUCGCCUCCAUGAUAAAGUCUCCUCUUAUCGACAGGAGCUCAAGAGAAGAGCUAGAGGAAAUCAUUAGUGUUGUGUCUUAUUGGAAAAAGAGUAUUGACUGUCCUGUAAAAGAGUCUUAUUGUGUUGUAGCUACAGUACAGUGUAAAACAUCAAAGCUUAUCCACAUCUUAUUGUCUGUUUGUUUGGUCCUUAAAAAUUUUUGUCUGUUUGUUGUUUGAUGUUCUGUUUGUCAACAAGUAUGGUAAUGCAAAUCCUCUUUAGUG